AAUUCAUUCACAAGCUCAUUUUUGCACGAUGGCGUUGCCACCGAAGUGGUACCAGUUUCUCGUGGCUGUCUUCGCCUCUCUCGGCUCCGUGCUGUAUGGCUACGACUUGGGAGUCAUCGCAGGCGCAGUCGCAUCGGACAACUUCGUCAAUACGUUCCAGCCUACCAAGGCCGAGACAGGAGCAGUUGUAUCGGUCUUCACUGGUGGAGCCUUCUUUGGAGCAGGCCUGGCAGGACCUGCUGGCGACUACCUGGGACGAAAGAAGACCAUCCUGAUUGGUGCUCUGAUCUUCAUUUUGGGAGGCGGCCUUCAAACCGGUGCUCAAGGGUUGUCAUAUCUCUAUGCGGGACGAGCAAUUGCCGGCGUGGGAGUGGGUUUCCUGGUAAUGAUCGUGCCUCUCUACCAAGCAGAACUCGCCCAUCCUUCGAUUCGAGGCAGAGUGACUGCAUUGCAACAAUUCAUGCUGGGAAUCGGAGCGCUGGUGGCCUCGUGGGUGUCAUAUGCGACGUAUACAUAUAUCCCUGCGAGCAGCAGCCAACAGUGGAGGAUCAGCUUGGGCAUACAGGUCAUUCCUGCUGGAUUCUUGGCGGCUUUGAUCAUGCUGUUUCCAGAAUCACCGCGAUGGCUCAUCGAUCACGGAAAGCCCGAACUCGGCCUCAAAACCUUGGCAAAACUGCACGCUCACGGCGACGAGAACGAUCCUUGGGUCCGAGCCGAAUUCGAACAAAUCCAGGACAUGAUCACAUUUGAAAAAGAAACCGAGGCCAAGUCAUACACCGAACUCUUCACUCACCGAUCCUCCUUCCGCCGAUUGCUCCUCGCCGUGUCGAUUCAAGCUUCCGUGCAGAUGACUGGCGUCUCUGCAAUUCAAUACUACUCUCCGACGAUUUUCGCGCAGAUUGGAAUCCCCGGGAGCGAGACGCUCAAAUACCAAGGCAUCUCGUCGAUUAUUGCCAUUAUUGCUCAAUUCUGCUGUAUCCUGUUUAUCGAUUAUACCGGACGAAGAUGGGCGAUGAUAGGAGGAAAUUUGGGAAAUUGCCUCACCUUCAUCAUCGCCUCCAUCCUCCUCUCCAAAUUCCCCCCGGGAGAAUCCAACAACAAAGCCGCCUCCUGGGGCUUCAUCGUCAUCACGUGGAUCUACAACUUCUCCUUCAGCGCCACUAACGGCCCCCUAUCCUGGAUCAUCCCGGCCGAAAUUUUCGACACGCGCACACGCUCCAAAGGAGUCAGUAUCGCAACCAUGACAUCGUUCGCCUUCAACACAAUGAUUGGCCAGGUCACACCGAUUGCGAUUGAACGCAUCGGAUGGAAAUUCUAUCUCGUGUUUGUCGUGUGUAAUUUUACGAAUGCGAUUUGGUUUUGGGGCGUGUUGCCCGAGACGAAGAAGUUGCCGUUGGAAGAGAUGAAUUAUUUGUUUACAAACGCUCCCUUGUUUGUUCCUUCCAUGCAUGGCAAGGAGGCUUCGUUCCGCAAGGGGGAUUUGGAGGAGAGGGUCAUGAGGGAGAAGAUGGCGUUGGAGGGAAAGGGGAGGUUAGGGAGUGUGGUUAGUCAUGUGGAGGUGGAGGAGGAGGAGAGGGGGGCAAGGUGAUGAUGGAGCAAAGGAAGCAGGCAGGCAGGCAUUGGGCUACUUUUC